AGCAGGCAGGCGUGCACACCCGCACAAACAUCUUCUAUCACCACCAGAGAACCAGGAAUGACCGAGAGGCAGAGAGAGAGCGAAACAGAAAAACAGAGAGACAGAGAGAGCCAAAGAGGGAAAGCUCCCUAAGGAGAGGCAAUUGAGACAGAGGAGAAGAGAGACGGAGACAGCACGCCAUUCUCACUCGCUCUCCUCAGCCUGGUUCCCUGAGGAAGGCAGGAAGCAGGCAUGGCGGAGGGGGCCGGCACCCAGCCCAGGGUGAUGUUCCAGACGGCCGGCAAAGAGGAAGAGGAGGAAGACCCGCCGUACCGCCGUCUGGGCAAGCUGACGGUGAAGUACAACCGCAAAGACUUGCAGAGGAGGCUGGACAUCGAGGAGUGGAUCGACGGACAGCUGCACCUGCUUUUCGACUGUGAGGAAGAGGACAUCCCAGAGCUGGAAAUCGAUAUCGAUGUGCUCCUGGAGCUACCAGAUGCUGAUCAGAGAUCCAAGCUGCAGGAACUACUCCAGGAAUGUGGCAAACCCAAAGAUGACUUCAUUAACGGCCUGCUCUACCGGAUCAAGGGUCUUCGGAAAAUGUCAGGCACCCUAAGAAAAUAAAUGGGUUCACAGAGACAUUGCCAUGACAACGAGUUAACUGGCGACACAGACACCCUCCUGAGCCAGGAAGCCUGCGAUAACAGAACUAACUGAUGAUGACAGCAAUGGCUGUCUUUGCCCAUGAAAAACACUCUCAGCCCCUGUGAAAACAGUCUAUUUGAACUCCCUCUUAGUCGUGAUUAAUGGACAGUCUUAGCAUUGUCAGCAAGGUCAACAUACAGAUGACAUUAUUUGUUGUCUUUUUACUUUUCUCACUAAAAGGAAGUAAAACAUUGAUUGUGUUGUCUGUUAGAAAACCUUUAUGGGACACCUGUUUGUAA